AGUUUAUUGAGAGAAGAAUAACUGUGCAGCCAGUAAUCCUGCAUAACUUUAAGCCUUAAUAUAAUGUGAACAGGUCAGGUGAUGAUGCCUCCGCUGUGGGCGGAGGCUGCCGCCGCUGUUAAUAGGCUGGGGACCUCUCAGACCUCAUCAGUCCGGAGCUCAGACUGGCGGGGACGACACGGAGGAAAGACGGACGCUCCGCAGGAUCCAGAUGACUUUGAUUCUUCUGUGGCUCCCUCAGUCAAAGCUGAGCGACAAUGCGCCACCAUUUCAUAAACUGUCAAGCCACAGCCUGCAUUGAUCCCCAAAGCUGAGGUUAAUGACAGCGCAUCAAAAAUUUGGAACAAUACCUCAAAUAUUUUCUCAUGGUCAAAUGCCAAAUCACAGAUUUCCCCUUUUAUAACUGCUACAUAUAGAUAACAAUGAGCAGACUGUAGGUUAUGAUCGGAAAAGCUCUCACUGGUUUCAACUCCAAAUAAAAAAGAAGUCCUUGGAGUUAAAUUAGCAGGAAUUUGGAAGUUCUCUAUCAUAACUAAGCAGUCAAACAUGGCCACUAUGGAAGCGGCAGACAUCUCCAUUGUUGUAAUCUACUUCAUCCUGGUGCUAGUGAUCGGCUUCCUCGCCAUGUGGAAAGCCAAUCGGAGCACGGUGAGUGGCUACUUUCUCGCCGGCCGCUCCAUGAACUGGGCGGCGGUCGGAGCGUCUCUGUUCGUCAGCAACAUAGGAAGCGAGCAUUUCAUCGGAUUAGCUGGAUCGGGCGCCGCUAGCGGGCUCAGCGUGGCUGCAUGGGAGUUGAAUGCUUUAUUGUUGCUCCAGUUGUUAGGCUGGAUAUUCAUCCCCGUGUACAUUCAGUCCGGUGUCUACACCAUGCCGGAGUACCUGUCCAAGCGGUACGGUGGGAGGCGACUAAAGGUGUAUUUUGCUACGUUAUCUCUCAUCCUGUACAUCUUCACCAAGUUGUCCGUGGACCUCUAUGCUGGAGCCUUGUUCAUUCAGGAAUCCGUAGGGUGGAACCUCUACCUGUCCAUCUUCCUCCUUAUUGCCAUGACAGCUCUGCUAACAGUCACCGGAGGUCUGGUCGCUGUCAUCUACACAGAUACAGUCCAGGCAUUCCUGAUGAUCGCCGGAGCACUCUGCCUUACAGGCAUCAGCCUCUACAAAGUGGGAGGACUUGAAGGUGUGUGGACCAAGUACAUGCAAGCUUCUCCAAACAUCACUGCCAUUUCGCUGUUGUUCCCCAACCUGACUGAUUCCGAAUUCUGCCACCACCACCAUCUAAACCCGAAGCCAGAAGCACUGAAAAUCCUUCGAGGCCCGAGGGAUCCAGACCUGCCUUGGCCCGGUUUCUUACUGGGUCAGACUCCUGCCUCUAUUUGGUACUGGUGUGCAGAUCAAGUGAUUGUACAGCGGGUUUUGGCAGCGAAAAACAUCGCCCAUGCCAAAGGUUCUACCCUAAUGGCUGGUUUUUUGAAAAUCCUCCCCAUGUUCAUCAUUGUCAUCCCAGGGAUGAUUUCCAGGAUCCUCUUCGCUGAUGAGUUGGCGUGCAUCAGCCCUCAACACUGCAUGGAAGUGUGCAAUUCUGCAGCUGGCUGCAGCAACGUGGCUUACCCCCGGCUGGUCAUGUUGGUGAUGCCUGUUGGUCUUCGUGGUCUGAUGAUGGCUGUCAUGAUUGCAGCUCUAAUGAGCGACUUGGACUCCAUCUUCAACUCAGCCAGCACCAUAUUCACGUUAGAUAUUUACAAGAUGCUACGAAAACAGGUGUCAUCCAGGGAGCUGGUGAUAGUCGGGAGGUUGUUUGUGGUUUUCAUGGUGAUCAUCAGCAUUGCCUGGGUGCCGGUCAUCAUCGAGAUGCAAGGAGGCCAGAUGUUUUAUUACAUCCAAGAAGUAUCCGAUUAUCUGACUCCACCCAUAGCCGCCCUCUUCUUGCUUGGCGUCCUGUGGCAUCGCUGCAAUGAAACGGGUGCCUUUUGGGGUGGGAUGGUAGGGUUUGUCCUUGGAGCGUUGCGUCUGGUUUUGGCAUUUGCUUACCGUGAGCCUACCUGCAACCAGCCCGAUGAGCGACCAUCUUUCAUAAAAGAUGUUCAUUUCAUGUAUGUGGCAGUUAUAUUGUUUUGGGUAACAGCUUUGGUGACUAUAGUUGUGAGUCUCUGCACUCCUCCGCCCACGAAAGAACAAAUCAAAACCACUACCCUGUGGGGGUUAAACAAGAGAAGGAGACUAAAACAGCAAGAAAUGGAGAAAAUUGGAGAAGAUAUCACUGCUUUGAAGCCUCUAAACCAUGCAAACCUAAAUGGAGACCGUUCACUUGGUGAAGAAAAGUGUCAAGAUCAACCAAACAAGCAUAAUGGCAUUGAUGCCAAUCAUGAAAAUGCUCAACCAAGCAAUGGCCAUGCUGUCACAGACAGUGACACAGAAACCCAGUGUCAGAUCCAGAAUGGUUGCCACUCAAGAAUUUAUGACCCUAAAAUGGAAGGAGAGGGAGAAGGCUGCUUUGGAGGAGGAGGAGCAGAGGGUGGGAGGUGUGUGAAGGCUUUAGAGUGGUUCUGUGGUUUCCAAGAGAAUCCGUCCAAAGCUCAGGUCAUUACAGUCCAGGAACAGGAGAGGAUCGUGGAAGAGCUUCUCCACGAACCUCCACGAACCAGAAUUAUCCUGAACAUAGGACUGGUAGUGAUUAGCUCCAUCGGGAUCUUUCUUUUCAUCUAUUUCACCUUAUAGGCCUGGUUAAUUCCAAACAGUUGUCUACCAACAAGAAUUGUCUGUAGGUAAGACAGACAACCUUCAGUUGUCAGUUAAGUUUCGAUUAGUAAAUUACCAAGUUAAAAGGACGGCUGUAUACGCUGUAAACAGUUCUGUUUGUACUUUUUGCCGUUCUGCAAAACCCUAAGUAGAUUUGGGGGUAGAGAUAUGCUCAGGAUAAGGCUUUAAAAGAAGUUUGUUUUAUAAUAGAACAAAUUAGUACUCUGUUGUGUAUUCUGAAAUGUAUGUUCUACACUUAUAUGAUGAUAACUGUGAAGGCGGGGUUCAGUAUGCUUCAAACAAACCGGUUCGUACAAUGUGUUGUCCGAAUAUAUUUAAAAGUGUUUCGAAUGGCCAGGCGAGACGCGGUGAAUUAUAUAUAUUCAUGUUUAUUGGCACCUGGAAAAUUGGUGUCGCCAGCUGUUUAUCUUGAUGCACUCAACUCCUAAUAUAUUUGCACAAUGGUAGUGGAUGGAAUUUCUUCUGCCAAAUUUUUUUGGAAGUUGGCUGCUGACAAUCCGUGCAAUCAGUUCGAAACUUACAAAAAUUUAAUGAUGGAUGGUGGAUGCUGUUCAACAAUCCAAAUGACUCAUGAAGUCAUGUAGAUAGACUUCAAUUUCACUGUAUCAUAACUUCCAGCACCUCCGCCUUGGGAAAACACCCAGGAAGACAUGAGCACCGCCACCACAUACCAUCUGCUGUGGUUAAACAUGCACUUCCUCUACAUUAAAGGGACAGUUUGGGUUUCUUCUGAAUGGGUUGUAUGAGGUACUCAAGCAUAUUCAGAGUGUUACAGUUGGAGUUUGGAGAAGCAGGAGGAGGAAUAAAUACGUCCUACAGCUGAGACAAUGUAGUGCCAAAGGGAAAAGGUUGUUUAAUGACAAGGUGUAGCGACUGAAUAUGCUUGAGUACCCAACAAACCCAUAAUCAUCAUUCCAUUACUUGCAGCUCAAGACUGGCUAGCUACUCAACUAGAAGUUACUCAGGGGCUUUGGCAUCGGUCCAGUGCUUUGCAUAUUGGUGGCUGGCCAGCCUGCGGCGCUUCAUACCAAACAAGAGUUUUGUGUGAUUUGAGUAUUUCUACUCCAUGUCAUGUGGGGAUUGAGUUUAUACAAUAAUAUAAGUGCAACUUAAAAAACUUUUUAUAUUUUGUAACUGUGUAAAACACAAAAAGUUUGCUUUCCAACAACAAUUUGGACCAAGAACAACCUGCGUUAUUUUGCCUCUAGGCCUACAAAACAAAGGAAAUUAUGUCACGCGUGAGUUAGUGAGCAGUGACAAAUCUGCAAGGUCAUGUUUUGUUUGGCAGAUGUUUGGGGUAAAAUUUCCACCUGACCUACAUCUGGUCGGGCCAAUCGCAGCCAACAGUUUAUCUAAUAUGGGGCAGGUUUGAUGACAUGACGGUAGGGAAGCGCAAACUCAUUGGCUGUUGAGCCGUUUCGUGUUGAUAAGAGAUACCGGAUGCUAAUGUGGAAUUGUCUCUGUUGAAUCCACUGUCAUGUCAGUAUUAAAGAAACAAAUCUGAUUUAAAAUAAGGACGUCUUACUGUGUGCUAACAUGUUGGUACAGAUAUUGGCUGAUGGAUGUUUUUAGGUCUUCAAUGCUCAUGUGGCUGUGAGAUUCGUCUUUUUAUUGUGUACAGCUGCAGUAACAUUUGAAAUGUCUAAAUGAUGCUACUGUGUUUUGCUUUUUCUUCUUUUGUCUUUUAUAUUUGAGAGGUUUAGCCAUUUUUAACACAUCAGAGUGUGUAACACCUUGCACAUGCACAUGACAUCCAUGUACUAAGUGCUCAGACAAACUGUUACAUAACAAGAAGUGUUGGGCAAAUAAGGAGUAUGUCACAUGUUCUUUUCACAUGUUCUUUUUUGUUCUUGCUUUUUAUUUUCUACACUCAAAGGGCGUCUUCCACUCAAAUGGUUUUAAAUUUUUAGGAGCGUCAUGUGGGAAUUAUAGUGUUAUUGUGUUAAGAAGAACUGAUGUUGAGCCUGAUUUCAGAUGUGAAGAAGAGGACUUGGAAUGAGUUUCCUCCUUUCCUAGAAAUGAAUACAGCGAAGCUCAUUGUUGUAUAUUUUCUUUUAAACACUGUGCAGUUAAACUGAAUUAAGUUUAGAACACGUUUUAUGAAAGAGAAACUGAUUGGGUCAAGAGAAAUAACAUUUUUUGUAAGGAUUUUCUCAGGAAUAAGAAGAGGUGCCGGUUCUAAGUUGUCUUCCCACAUGUGAUUGUUGGAAGUUCUUAUGUUAUUGUUUUACAAAAUAAAAAUCUGUAUGGAAAUA